UUAUUUUUGUAAAAAUUAAUAUUUCAGUAAUUUCAACUAAAACUGUAGCCACUUUGUCAUCAAAUGCAUUAAUCAGAGAUUUAUAAAAAGGCACACCUCCUAAUGUAUGAUAAAAAACCAUGCAUUUCUCAACACACUUAUUUGUGGGGCUUACAGUAACAAGAAUUUAUAAGCAAUUAUCAGUGUCAUUAACUUGAGAUAAUUUAAUAUAAAACAAGAUGCAGAUAAUAUCACAGCAGAAGUUAAGAUAAAGCUAAUCUUGUCAUUUAGAGAAAAUGUGUUAAAGAAGUAGUUCAAACAUUAGAUAGUUGAUAUCAACACAUCCAUCAGAUCACUUCACUUAUUACCAAAUAGUGUGUUCAUGUUACAACACUUGAUAAACUUUUAGUUCAUUCACUUGUGAAAUUUUAGUAUAGAUGUUUUUCUAUAGUAUACAAAUGACAUAGUAAUUGAAACUGGAGAGAACAGUAUACCUUUUUAUAUAAUGUUUUUGGACAUCUCUUUAUAAAAGUGAUUAAAAAAAGUAUCAAUGUAUUUGUUGGAAGAAUUGUGUUUUCUGAUAUAAAAGGAUUUCAUAUUUCAAAAUUUGAAACUAAAUUUGUGUUUAUUUCAACAUGGGGGAAGAGAAAUCAACAUCUAAAACCAAGCAAGAAGAACCAGAAAAGGAUGAUAAGAAUGGCCAAAAAAGAAACUGGAGGAAUUUGGUUGCAUUUUGGAUUUUUGGCCUGUGCAACAAUUUUGCUUAUGUGGUCAUGUUGAGUGCAGCUCACGACAUUUUGAAAGAAGAUGAGAAAAGUUCUGGUCAUAACAUCACCACUGUACUCGUCAAUAAAACACAAAAUGAAACUGAUCCUUCUUUUUUAGAAUGUAACACUGUCAGCACUGGAGCUAUUUUGUUGGCUGAUAUUUUGCCAACUCUUGUGGUCAAAUUUACUUUUCCAUUUUUCCUGGAGAAAAUUCCGUACGGCAUUAAAAUUUCACUGGUGGCAGUUUUCGCGCUGAGUAGUUUUUUAAUUGUUGCUCUGGCGCAUGCCAUGUGGCUUAGCAUUCUGGGAGUCGUCUUUGCGAGUGUCAGUUCAGGUUUGGGUGAGAUUGCGUUUCUUAGCCUGACCACUUUUUACAGCAGGAAUGUUGUAUCUCUGUGGUCGUCAGGGACGGGUGGAGCUGGGAUAUUCGGAUCCCUGGUCUACGCAGGUUUCACCAGCGCUGGGUUGUCCCCCAGAGAUUCUCUUCUGAUCAUGGUUGUCAUCCCUGUUCUAAUGAUGGUGGCCUACCUUUUCAUCUUGGACAAGCCCGAGGAAAAGGAACACAAUUUAGAAAUGAGUUUUAAAAAGUUGGGCUCGGUUUCGGACAAUUCAGUGACAGGGCUUGAAGGCUCAACUGUCACGCUGUACAGGAUGAAUUCUAACGAUGUUGUUAUUGAACAGACAACGGAAAUUACAAAGUACACGCUUACUUUAAAAGAAAAAGUCAGGCUUAUCCCAACCCUGUUCAAGUACAUGAUACCUUUGACCUUGGUGUACUUUGGUGAGUACUUCAUAAAUCAAGGUCUACACGAGUUGUUGUACUUUAAUGGACAAUGGCUAUCUAAAAGUGAGCAGUACAGGUGGUACCAGGUUGACUAUCAAAUUGGAGUUUUCAUCUCGAGGUCUUCAGUUAAUUUAAUUCACAUCAAAGCUCUUUGGGUUCUACCUGUUUUACAGUUUGUAAACCUGGCACUAUUAACAUGCCAGAUUUUUUACAGAUACAUACCAAACAUUUGGAUAAUUUUUGCCAUUGUUCUGUGGGAAGGGCUACUGGGAGGGGCUGCCUAUGUAAACACCUUCUAUAAAAUCACCAAUGAUGUAUCAGCAGACAAGAAGGAAUACUGCAUCAGCAUGGCUGCUAUCUCAGACUCCAUCGGCAUAGCUCUAGCAGGAGCUGCAGCCAUACCUAGCCACAAUGCCAUUUGUGGCCUCAAUUUAAAAAUGUGAUUUUUGUAAACAAAAUUUUAAUGCAGGAAUAAUAUAUUGCAUAAUUUUUGUUUUUAUCAUCUUUUUAUUUAAUCAGUAAGCUUUUUAGAUUGUUUCUUGGCAAUAUAAGCCAAAUGAGUCGAUUUAAAAAAAAAGUUAACUUAUGUGCUUUAUCAAAUUAAUGUCUCUGUCUUAAAAUACAAUUGUUAACUUAUGUGCUUUAUCAA